AUGGUCGACCUCGCUUCUGAGGCGGCCAGUCUCGGAACGCUGGAUGGAUCAGGGAGAAAUGUGGGAGGACCACAGCAGCAGCAGGUUCAAGGUCCCUACCAGUCAGGAGCCGGCACUGCAAGGAAGAGGAAGAGACGGCAACAAGACGAGGUGGUGCUUCUCGACGACGCCGCGGCGGCGGCGGCAGCAUCAACGGCGGCGGGGGCGAGUGCCGGGGCGGGGGCAAGCGCGGCAGCGGGCGGUUCCGACCAGGCCAUUGAAGUCCUGCCUAGGCAGGGGAAAGCGCCGGCGCGGAAGAUACGGCGGAAGGCGGGGUGGUCCGCAGUUACCUGCAUCGUUUGUUUCGAAGACACCGCGGUGGAUCGAUGCGCGCGGUGCCCCGAGGGGCACGCCAUGUGCAAGACUUGCGUCAAGUCCUACGUGACGGAGACCCUCAUGCCGCAAGGGACGGUGUUUUGGGAUCGCAUCAAAUGCGGGGGCUCAUCGACUUGUGGGCAUCUAUUCGGACCGUCCGUGACGUCAUUGCUUCCGCGCCCCAUCAUUGAAAAAAUCGAGACCAAGCAGAUGGACGUCGCGCAUCUCGUGGCCGGAGAACGCGACCCCACGUCGGACAAGUGGAUCUCCAAGCAUUCCAGAGAUUGUCCCAACUGCGGAGUCCCCAUCCAGAGGAGCUCCGGCUGCAUGCACAUGACGUGCAUCAUUUGCAGGCACAACUUCUGGUACGGCUGCGACUGCAAGUACCCGCGCCACCAGCAAGGUUGCAGGAAACGACUGUACUGAAGAGCUAACUCGCGCCAGGGAAAAUGAGACGUGUUCCAGCGCCUGCGUGGGUGGAUGAAAGCGAGGCCGCAAGAACCGGUGGUGGUGCUCGAACGGAAGGCCUGAAGUACACAAGAAACAAUUGUGUGCCCAAAUAUCGUGGAAGGUGUUGAGUCACAGCGGGCGAGGAAAUGCCCAGACUGCCUGGACGAAACCCAACUCUGUUUCUGGGUUCGAAUCUGCUGUGGGGGCGCCGAAGCUUGUCUUUGGACUGGUGCUGUUUUUGUGUAACCAGGAGGACAUACGUGCCACACAGGGCGAUGCGUGGACGGUAUUUAUCUAUGUAGAAAAAUGUAGUCUUGUGUCUAUUCCAGGACAUACGUGCCACACAGGGCGAUGCGUGGACGGUAUUUAUCUAUGUAGUAAAAUGUAGUCUUGUGUCUAUUCCGGGGCUGC